AAUAACUAACCCUAGCUAAAACCCCCUCCUUCCGCCUCCGCUUUCCCCAAUUCCAUCCAUCUCCGUUCUUGCACCCUCGAAACCCUAGAAUCCCGUGCGACAUGGCGGACGGCGAGGGUGCGGCAGGCCUGGCAGAGAAGCUCGCGGGGCUGUCCGCGGACGGCGGCGAGGAGCCGCAGCUCUCUAAGAAUGCCAAGAAGCGGGAGGAGAAGAUGAAGAAACAGGAGGAGGCGCGCCGGCUCAAGGAGGAAGAAAAGAAGAACAAGGCGGCAGCCAGUGGAAAGCCACAGAAGUCGGCUGCGGCCGACGAUGAGGACAAGGACAUGGAUCCUACUCAAUAUCGUGAGAAUAGGCUCAACGCUAUUGCCUCUAUCAAAGCCAAGAACGGCAAUCCCUAUCCGCACAAGUUUGCAGCUGACUUCACUGUACCUGGAUACAUUGAGAAAUACAAGGACCUGAGUGAUGGGAAGAAGCUCGAGGAGAAAACUGUGUCUAUAGCAGGGAGGAUCAUGAACAAGAGAACAUCAUCUUCUAAGCUUUUCUUUUAUGACCUUUUUGGUGAUGGUCUGAAGGUUCAAGUCAUGGCUGAUGCCAGUACCUCAGUGUUGGACGACGCUGCAUUCUUUAGUUUCCAUUCUGGUGUGAAGCGAGGUGAUAUUGUUGGCAUAAGUGGUUAUCCAGGAAAAAGCAAGAGAGGGGAGCUUAGUAUAUUCCCGAAGGACUUUGAUGUGCUCUCUCCUUGUCUUCAUAUGAUGCCCCGACAGAAGAGUGAAGGAAGCGCUGUACCUACGCCAUGGUCUCCAGGAAUGGGUAGGAAUAUUGAAAAGUAUGUUUUGAGGGACCAGGAAACGCGCUAUCGUCAACGAUACCUUGAUCUUAUGGUAAACCAUGAAGUGAGGCAUAUCUUCAAGACACGGUCUAAAAUUGUCUCGUUUAUUCGGAAGUUUCUUGAUGAACUUGACUUUUUGGAGGUGGAGACUCCAAUGAUGAACAUGAUUGCUGGCGGAGCCGCUGCAAGGCCUUUUGUCACACACCAUAAUGACCUAAACAUGAAGCUUUUUAUGCGUAUCGCACCUGAGCUUUAUCUGAAAGAAUUGGUCGUUGGUGGAUUAGAUCGUGUUUAUGAAAUUGGGAAGCAAUUCAGGAAUGAAGGAAUUGAUUUAACACACAAUCCUGAAUUCACAACAGUUGAAUUUUAUAUGGCUUAUGCAGAUUACAAUGACUUAAUGAAGCUUACUGAAAAAAUGAUAUCUGGUAUGGUCAAAGAGCUGACAGGUGGGUAUAAGAUCAGCUAUCAUGCGAAUGGAGUUGACAGCCCGCCAAUAGAGAUUGAUUUCACGCCUCCCUUCAGAAGAAUAGACAUGAUUGAAGGAUUGGAGGCUAUGGCCAAACUGGAGAUACCAAAAGAUUUAUCCAGUGAUGAAACAAACAAGUACUUAAUAGAUGCCUGUGCCAAGUAUGAUGUUAAAUGCCCACCUCCCCAGACAACAACACGGUUGCUUGACAAGCUAGUUGGCCAUUUCUUGGAAGAGACAUGUGUGAACCCAACAUUUAUUAUCAACCAUCCAGAGAUAAUGAGUCCAUUGGCAAAGUGGCAUAGGACCAGGCCUGGGUUGACUGAAAGGUUUGAGCUUUUUGUUAACAAACAUGAGGUCUGCAAUGCAUACACCGAGUUAAAUGAUCCUGUUGUGCAAAGGCAACGGUUUGAGGAACAACUAAAGGAUCGUCAAUCUGGCGAUGAUGAAGCUAUGGCUUUGGAUGAGACAUUCUGCACUGCUCUUGAGUAUGGGCUGCCGCCAACAGGUGGUUGGGGUUUGGGAAUUGAUCGCCUUACAAUGAUGCUGACAGAUUCCCAGAACAUCAAGGAAGUCCUCCUAUUCCCGGCCAUGAAGCCGCAAGAGUAGCUCUGCAAAGGUUAAACCAUCCAUGGUUGAAGGUACUUUGUUUGCCGUGCUGACCAAAGGGUAUCUGAAGGAUCGCUCAAGAUGGAGGAUUAAAGAAAACUAGAUUUUUUUUUUGUAUGUGCAUGCGAGGUUUCAGUUUUCCAUCAGUUUUUGUGGACCAUUGUAUUUGCCAUGGUUAUUGGUGCCAUACUGGAAAGAAUUGAUACCGACUUCUAUUUUAUUAGAUAUGCUUUUAACCUA